CCGAUCUUAGUGCUAACUGAGUAAUCUUUGGAGUUGCUAUAUCCACCAACUACUGCACCUGUGCAACGGGCUCCUUUCACAGUCACAGCAUGCUCACUGUGAGUUGCUGCAUCGUCUCAAGGCACAUGCGCCCCGAUUAUCUACUACAUCCUUAUCUCGUUAUCCAGCUCGUGUAGUGGAUUCAGGUCACACCAUCUUAAGCCAACCUGCUCCCCAGCCGAAUCAUGGUUCCGCUAUGAUUGUUCGUUGAAAAUAGUUACGGUUGCCACACGUCCGCUUACAGUUCAUCGUCCAGUGAGUUCCUAAUUUAGUCUACCAACAAAUACAUAAGCCCAACAGGCAUCAUCUGUCGGCACGAUGUCUCAAUCCCUAGGCCACAAGUGUCACCGUAACCUCAAUCCUGAUGCUUCCUUAGUACUGGUUGGGAUCCGAGGUUGUGGAAAGCGUUCGUUGGGCUUUGUUGCGGCAGCGGCGUUGAAAAGACGGUUCAUCACCGAGGAUCACUAUUUCAAGCAGGUUACUGGGCUCACGCGACAUGAGUACCUUAAGCGCUUUGGGAGCCAGGAGUUCCAGAAGCGUGAUAUCGAGGUUCUUAAGAUGAUGCUCGACAAACAUCGAUCGCGCUGCGUAAUCGAAUGCGGUCUGGGGAGUCUUACUCGUCCUGUGCAGGAGUACCUUCGUCUGUAUUCAGCGACCAAUCCUGUGGUGUAUGUGGUUCGUGAUAUGUUCCGCAUUCAAACUCUCCUAGGAUUGGAAGAUCAAGCUGUUAAAUUGCUUUGUGAAGGAGACCCCCUGCAUCGUAUGUGCUCGAAUUUUGAGUUCUAUAAUAUUGAGGACCGUUCCAGCAUGUUAGCUCAACUCGACGAAGUAACACCCGACCGUCGAUCAGCUGGGUAUUCGUUCAAGCUCAAAGAAGCCAAAGAGGACUUCACUCGAUUUGUACGUUUUAUCACUGGUGCAGAUGUCAACCAUUCGAGUUACGACUCCCCCUUCGUACUACUGGAAACCCCUCCUGAAAACCGUUCCUUUACACAUGCUAUCCUCAUUCGAUCCUCUGAAAUGCUUCAGGAGGGAGUUGAUUUGUGCGAGCUAGAAUCAGGAGGAGACGCCAUUGAGCUGUGUGUGGAUCGUUGGGAUACAGAGAUGGCGAGUACUGUGAGCAAGCAGAUUUCUUUACUUCGCAGGAGUGCUCGCAUCCCGAUUAUCUUCUCAAUCGACGCUUCGACAUCCGGAAUUGACAAUGGUACGCUCUCCCCGGCACAGCUGCGCAGCCUCUAUUUCGAGAUUGCGGAACACGGCUUGCGACUAGCGGUAGAAUACCUGGCGAUAGACCUCGACCAAGACAAAUCAUUGUUGGCCGAAACCUGUCGUAAUAGGGGUAUGACCAAGAUCAUUGGCCAGCAUAUAUUCAAACCCUCGUCCAGUGUAAUGUGGGACGACGAAUCGUGCCUGUCUCUCUACCUUGAAGCCGAGAAGCUCGGUUUUCAACUGGUUCGCAUUCUCAGAGUAGCAACGGAGCGCGAAGAUAACGCGGCUGUCGCCAAAUUUAUAAACAAAAUCCAGUCUCUACCGGGCGAGCAUCUGCCUAUCAUCGCCUACAACGUAGGCAGCCUUGGACGAACAUCCCAGGUGUUCAAUUCAACACUCACCUCGGUCACUCACCCGGCGAUUAAGCGCCCCACGGGCAAUAGAACAGAUCCUCUGAUUACUUCACGCGAUGCGGUACAGGCGUUAUUUCAAAGUUAUGUGCUGGAUCCUCUGCAGUUUUAUAUUCUUGGGGCUAGUGUGGCCUACAGUCUCUCACCAGCUAUGUACAAUGCUGCUUUCCACCACUGUGGCAUGAGCCACACCUACAGUAUUCCCGAAUCUCCCUCUCUCACGGCUUUAGACAAACUGGGCCGAGAUCCGCAUUUUGGUGGUGCUAGUGUUGUCCAACCAUGGAGGGUGCAAAUUUUCCAGAAGCUCUCCUCGAAAAGUCGACAUGCAGAGGCAAUUGGAGCGAUUAACACGAUUAUGCCUUUGCGGGCGCGCGCCGAUGGGACGAUGUUCCCUCUACAAGAGCAGGCUAGCCGUCGCAAUCAGGCGGGGCCCGUGCUGGGCUGGUACGGUGAGAAUACCGACUGGGUGGGAAUCAUGACCUGCAUGAAUCGCAACCUUUCGCCGCGUAAUGCCAUUAGUCCGUUGAAGACGACUGGGCUGGUAAUUGGAGCGGGCGGCAUGGGGCGUGCUGCCAUUUAUGCCAUGCUUCGUCUAGGAUGCCGAAAGAUCUUUAUAUACAACCGCACCUUGUCCCGCGCCGAGAAUGUAGCCCGUCACUUUAAUUCAUGGGCUGCAUCGCAGGUUGGCUCUACAAAAGUGGUGCAUGUGCUGAAGUCAUUGCAAGAUGAGUGGCCGUCAGAUACUUGUCAUCCAUGUUUGAUUGCGUCUUGUGUACCUGCCGACCCGGACCAAGAUGAACCUCCAGCAAACUUCGAGAUGCCGAUGCAAUGGCUUGAGAGUCCUACUGGUGGGGUGGUCUUAGAGUUUGCAUACAAACCCUUGGAAACCCCACUCUUACGUCAAAUGCGUCGUUUCCGCAGUGAAACUGGACGGCCAUGGGUUCUGGUAGAUGGGCUCGACAACGUUAUUGAGCAGGCCAUCGCUCAGUUUGAGCUGCUGACUGGACGGAAAGCGCCACGGCGAUUGAUGACUCUGGAAGCACUUCGCAAUUAUGUCGGGGAGCACGGACAAUUUGACGAGGAAACAAUUCAAGCGCGACUUGACGGGGUCCAGUAGCGCGCGGUAAGUGAAGAGGCAGUGAAGAGGCGUGGCAUGCAUUGCCCAUCGAAUGUAUGAAUAUGUAUUUUGUAAUACAGAACCAUAGACUGUACACGGAUAAAACUACAAUAUUUAAGACAAAACUGUGUUCAAUCCCCGGAUCGCAGCGAUCACGUGCGCCAAUGUGGACUGCGAUCCGUCAAUUCAACAGACAACUACGGACGCGCGUCCAAACGUCUCCUUGGAGUAUAUGCGACCUUUGCAUCUGAAUCCAGCAAUGGCUCCCUGUUUUGCUCAACU